CCUUUCCGUCCGCGUGCCCGUGGGUUUGCCUGUGUGUCUACGCCGAAGGGUUUCAUCAGGGAAGAGAAAUGCCGUCAAAAAUCACUUUUGACACCAAAGACCAAACCAUGGAGGAAGAUUUGGACACUGUGAACGAGGCUAAAACCCUGAAGAACAAGACCAAGGAGGGCAAGAAGCUGAAGAAGAAGAAGCAGUUGGAGGACCAGGAAGAGCAGGCCGACCCAGCCUGUGAACCUCCAGCACCAAAGAAGAAAAAGAAAAAAGACAAGCUGGCAGCGGAUCAAGUGACCAAUGACCACUUAGAAGAUGAGGCCACAGACAUGAAUGGCAACAGUAAUGGUGUUGAAACACCAAAGCAGAAGACUAAGAAGAACACUGAUGGAGACACAGAGAAAAAGAAGAAGAAGCAAAAGAAAGCAAUCGCAGAGGCAGCAACCAACGGACAUUCCACCCCAAACACCCCUGUUCAGACACCAUUACAGUCAAGUGAAGAGUCAGCCAGUGACUGUGAAAAAGAAAUGGAGGAGACACCAGAGCAGAAGGAAGGGGCCUUCUCCAACUUCAGGAUCUCCCAGGUCACCAUUGGUAAACUGAAAGCUCGUGGAGUCUCUUACCUGUUUGACAUUCAGGUGAAGACAUUUAAUCAUGUAUAUGAUGGAGAAGAUGUGAUUGCCCAGGCCCGCACUGGAACAGGAAAGACUUUCUCCUUUGCCAUACCAUUGGUGGAGAAGCUCCAAAAGGAUUUGGUGGACAUGGCCAGAGGCCGGGCUCCCAAGGUCCUGGUGUUAGCUCCAACCAGAGAGUUAGCUAUCCAGGUCGCUAAGGACUUCAAAGACAUCUCCAAGAGACUGGCUAUCGCCUGUUUCUAUGGAGGCAGCUCGUACAACCCACAGAUUGAUGCUAUCCGUAAUGGAAUUGAUAUUUUGAUUGGAACCCCUGGUCGUAUCAAAGACCACAUCCAGAACCAUAAACUCGACCUCACAAAGCUGAAACACGUUGUUCUGGAUGAAGUAGACCAAAUGUUGGACAUGGGGUUUUCAGAACAGGUUGAGGAAAUUUUGGCUUCAUCGUAUAAGAAAGACUGUGACUCCAACCCCCAGACUCUCCUUUUUUCGGCCACCUGCCCCUCCUGGGUCUAUGAUGUGGCCAAGAAAUACAUGAGACCAGGAUGCAAACACAUCGACCUGAUUGGCAAGAAAACACAGAAAGCUGCAACAACGGUGGAACAUCUGGCCAUAGCGUGCCACUGGUCACAGCGUGCAGCCGUGGUAGGUGAUGUGAUCCAGGUUUACAGCGGCAGCCACGGCCGAACCAUCGUGUUCUGUGAGACAAAGAAAGAGGCCAACGAACUUUCCAUGAAUGCAUCCAUCAAACAGAGUGCCCAGUCCCUUCAUGGUGAUAUUCCUCAGAAACAGAGAGAGCUGACACUGAAGGGCUUCAGGAAUGGUGCCUUUGAGGUUCUGGUUGCCACCAACGUUGCAGCCCGUGGAUUAGAUAUCCCUGAAGUCGACCUGGUGGUCCAGUGCUCUCCACCCAAGGAUGUGGAGUCGUACAUCCAUCGUUCGGGACGUACGGGCCGAGCAGGCAGGACUGGAGUCUGCAUCUGUUUCUACCAGAGAAAAGAAGAGGACCAGCUGCGAUACGUAGAAAACAAAGCGGGUAUUACAUUCAGACGAGUUGGUGUUCCCACUGCCAAUGAUAUCAUCAAGUCAUCAAGCAAAGAUGCUGUCAGGUUUCUGGACUCUGUUCCAGUCACAGCUAUCGGAUACUUCAGAGCAUCAGCCGAGAAGCUGAUCGAGGAGAGAGGAGCAGUUGAUGCACUGGCUGCUGCCCUGGCCCAUAUUUCUGGAGCCACAAGUCUGGAGCAGAGAUCGCUUCUCAACUCUGAUGCUGGUUACACCACCAUGCAGCUGGUGUGUUCUCAGGAGAUGCACAAUCUGGGUUACGCCUGGAGGACCAUCAAAGAACAGCUUGGAGAACAGAUCGAGAACCAGAUUCACAGAAUGACCUUCCUCAAAGGCAGAACAGGAGUUUGUUUUGAUGUCCCAGCUGACAAAGUCAAGGAGGUUCAGGAGAACUGGAAGGACGGUCGCCGCUGGCAACUGACUGUAGCCACAGAGCUCCCAGAGCUGGAGGAGAAGCAGUUCAGUAACCGUGGUGACAGAGGCUUUGGCAGUGGUAACCGAGGUGACAGAGGAGGAGGGUUCAGAGGUGGAAGGGGACGGAAUUUUGGAGGAAAUGGUGGCCGUGGUAACGGGUUCCGGAGCGGCAGUGGUGGCUAUGGCAACAACAGAGGAGGACAGAAACGGAGCUUCAGCCAAGCUUUUGAUUACUGAAGUACCAACCUGUGGACUGAUAAGACUGACUGUCACUCAUCUGGGCUGGCAGUGGUUUUUGUUGGCUGUCAGUGGGAGUGCUCGAUGUAUGGCUGGUGGAAAUCUCCAUUGUGACACAAGCUGAAUUGUAAGCUGUCAAGUAUUGAUGAGUUUAAUACACACAGGCCAUUAAAUUACAGAUUUUCAAACAUAUAUGGAGAGAAAAUUAUCUGAAGAAUAUGAUUUAUUUCCAGAUAGCCGCAUCCAAAGGGUUUAAGAUUUUCUGUGUACAAUAUAUUAACACAGUACCACUGGCAGCCAUUUUAUAAUGCCUGAUGUGUGUUUCUUUCAGGUGACACAUUAGAUGAAACCCAUGAAAUGACAUGUUUUCAACAGUUUUCAUUACAUAAAUUAGUACAUAAGUCACUUGCUCUGUUUUCAGCAGCAGAGGGUCAAAGCACCUGCUAGUCAACCUGUUGUAAUAGUUUUGCAUUAUGUGACGAAAUGAAUUGAAAGUUUGAACGUGUCAUCCAUUGGGUUUUAGCUAAAGUGUCACUUUUUUUUUCUAUAUAAUGGGUGUUUGGGGAACAGUGGCAGCAAUCAGACUUGAGCCUUGGUCCAAAACAGAAGGCACACCAUCCUGACAUGACAACUUGUAAACAUGCCACUUGUUGCAUGACUACACUAGCUAACUCUGAGUGUGCACUACCAAGAAGGUGCACCUUAAACUGAUACUGUGUCAUGCGGGUGGCAUUGUGCUUCUGCUCUGCCUCCACAGAAAACAGUGGUUAAAUGGGUUUUGACCUUUACAGCUGUGCUCAAUGUCAGGUUACUGCUUCAACCUCAGCUGAAACCUCUGUCCCCAAAAAUAUACUGGAUGAUUGCUUUGCAAUUGCCUCUAUUUAAUAACAUUGUCUACUUCUUCCAUUCAUUUGAAUGAAAUGACUUAUUCAUUAAAAAAAGGUCAACUCA